AUGGUUUCUGGGAUUUACACCAUUACAAACCUUUCUGAAUCCAUGCCCAUUUCUACUUCUCUACCCCACUCCUCAUCCCGGUCUCAGUGGAAAAGUGAUCCUCCCCUCGAUUUAGGUGGUAGGUUCAGAAAGAUAGAGCAAAGAAUACAGAAAUAUGCACCACAUAUUUUCAUAAAAAAUGCACUUAUAAGUACACUUGGUAUAGCCUAUGUUGCAGGAAUAUGCCGUCCUCCUAUUGAUUGUGGAGUUAAUAAUUUCCAAGGAGACCCCUGGUCCCUUUUUGCCCUCACAGUAGCCCACGAGUUAGGCCAUAAUUUGGGUAUGUGGCAUGAUGAAGAAUUCUGUUUGUGUGGGCAAAGGGGUUGCAUCAUGAACGCUGUCAGAGUGCCAGCAGAGAGAUUCACCAACUGUAGUUAUGCGGAUUUUGCAAAGACCACUUUAAACCAGGGAUCAUGUCUGCAUACUCCUCCAAGUCUAGGGGAAGUCCUUAUGCUGAAGCGCUGUGGGGACGGUGUGGUCGAAGGAGAAGAGGAGUGCGACUGUGGAUCUGUAAAGCAGUGUGAACAAGAUCCCUGUUGUCUGUCGAACUGCACUCUGAGGCCCGGGGCAGCUUGUGCUUUUGGGCUUUGUUGCAAAGACUGCAAGUUCAUGCCAUCAGGGGCACUCUGUAGACAUGAGGUCAAUGAAUGUGAUCUUCCAGAGUGGUGCAACGCAACGGGACAUCAGUGCCCGGAAGAUGGAUAUGUGCAGGAUGGGGUUCCCUGUAGUGACGAGGCCUACUGCUAUCAAAAGAGAUGUAAUAACCAUGAUGAGAUGAGCAGGGAGAUCUUUGGGGAAGGGGCAAAGAGUGCAUCUCAGAAUUGCUAUCAAGAAAUCAACUCACAGGGAAACCGUUUUGGCCACUGUGGUAUAAAUGGCACGACAUACCUAAAAUGUAAUACCGCUGACAUCUUUUGUGGGAGAGUUCAGUGUGAAAACGUGGUUGCUAUUCCCCAUCUGAGAGAUCGCUCUGCUUUGCAGCAUAUUCACCGCAACGGUGUCACCUGCUGGGGUAUCGCUUAUCAUUUAGGGAUGGACAUACCCGAUGUCGGUGAAGUGAAAGAUGGCACAAUGUGUGGUUCAGGGAAGAUCUGCAUACACAAGAAGUGUGUCAGUCUCUCUCACCCGUCACAAAUCUGCCUGCCUGAGACCUGCAACAUGAAGGGGAUCUGCAACAAUAAACAUCACUGCCACUGUGGCUAUGGAUGGUCCCCACCCUACUGCCUGCACAGAGGCUACGGAGGUAAUGUUGACAGUGGCCCCCCAUCUGCCAGAAGAGGAGCUUUCUUUCCACUAGUUAUGAUUCUUAGUUUGUCUGUUUUGAUUUUACUGGUGACUACUGUAUUCAUGUAUCUUCAAAAGCAUUUUGCUCCCAAGGAGACCGAGGCUCACCCUUCAGAUUAA